AUGCAAGCACACUUCCUUAAGGUGCAGAAGAGGGUCGAGUACUUGGCCAAUGUGGCCGAAUUGGAUGAUGCGGAGGAAUAUGUCCUGCCGCGGUGGCACGACUUGUUGGCUGAAGUGGCCAUGCCUAUAGGCGCGGCCACCAUCUCGCCAGCGAAAGAGGUGGAUCCGGAAGCAUAUUUGGACUUCGACCAGUCUCAGCUUCGGAAGUUGCACAAGAAGGGUGGACUCCCGAAGAAGGAGCUGGAGGAGAUGAUUAAGGCCAUACAGUCGGCUGCAUAA